CUUCUAUAAACCGCUCUGAGACUCACUGCUCUUCUUCCUCCAGUGAGCAUACAGGCGUAAGCGUAGAGGCGGACAUACAGAGCACGGUGGUAGUCGAACACAGUUCCGUGGCUUCGGACACCGCUGCGGCAUCACAACCCGCAGCGCAUGUGGAGAGCCCGGGGAGAGGCGAGCACAGAGCCGAGGGCAGAGGAGAGGGGCACCCCAGCCAAGCCGCGCACAGGAGGCAAGAGUCUGUGCCAACGCGAAGAAGGCAGGCUGCGCAGUCUGGGCACUCCAGCCAUGAAGCUACACUUUGCAGAGCUAAAGAAAUCUCCACAGGAUUAUUAGCAUUGUUAACACUUGGUUUCCAGGGAGCUUUCUCCCUCCAACUGGACAUGGGAAACGUAAACAUUAGCCGGACUAGAUUUUAAAGCACGUCUCUGUCCUGGCCUGUCCCCUGACUCCAACCAGGACUUCCAUGAUGGAGGUGGUCAGGAUGGAGCAGGAGCAGGAGGAAGAGGAGGCAGGACCACUCAUCCACAGUGUCCAUGGGCCCCACAGGAUCAGACCCUCCUCGUACAGGGCCCUGCGCAGUGCUGUGUCCACACUGGCGCGCAUCGAUGACUUCACUUGUGAGAAGAUCGGAGCUGGGUUCUUCUCAGAGGUCUUCAAGGUGCAGCACCGCGUGUCCGGACAGAUCAUGGCCCUGAAGAUGAACACUCUGCCCUGUAACAAGGCCAACAUGCUCAAAGAGGUGCAACUGCUUAACCGACUGUCUCACCCCAACAUCCUCAGGUUUAUUGGAGUUUGCGUCCAUGAGGGCCAGCUCCAUGCUCUCACAGAGUACAUAAACGGGGGGAACCUGGAGCAGCUGUUGGCCAGUGACGUGUAUCUGUCCUGGGGCAUGCGCCUGAGUCUGGCCCUGGACAUUGCUCGAGGUCUGGAGUAUCUACACAGUAAAGGAAUCUUCCACCGGGACCUUACCUCCAAGAACUGCCUGGUCCGCUGGGAGGACGGCGUGUGCAUUGGAGUGGUAGGGGACUUCGGUCUGGCAGAGAAAAUACCAGAUUACAGUGAGGAUGGUACGCAGGAGCCAUUGGCUGUGGUGGGGUCCCCCUACUGGAUGGCCCCGGAGGUGCUCAGAGGAGAGGUUUAUAAUGAGAAGGUGGAUGUGUUUGCGUAUGGGAUCAUCCUUUGUGAGAUCAUCGCGAGGAUACAGGCCGACCCGGACAUACUGCCACGCAAAGAGGACUUUGGUCUGGAUGUGGAGACAUUUCAGCACAUGGUGGGAGACUGCCCUCCUGACUUCCUGGAUUUGGCCAUCACCUGCUGUAAUAUGAGUUCAAAGCUGCGGCCAUCCUUUUCACAAAUAGCGCUGGAGCUGGAGCAGAAGCAGGCAGAGAGGAACCAGAAGGAAAAGACACUGGUUAAAGUUGCCUCACCUCCUGUUACCACUCUGCGUCGUCGUUCACUCGGCCUCCCCACAGACCCUCGCUUAUCCCGCAGCAAAUCGGACAUGCUCCACCCCCAGGACACGCCCCCCUGUGUCAUCCUCACCCCUCACACACGCAUCAACCCCUUUUCACAGAGAGAAGACCUGAAAGGAGGAAAGAUAAAGCUUUUCGAUACGCCCAGUAAGUCUGUUAUCUCCUUGACCUUCAUGCUGCCCCCUCCUCCGGACACCUGUGAUGGCACAGAUGUGCCCAAGGACUCAGAGCCCCGGAGACACAGACGCAGCCUCUCUCUCCCCUGUACCCCGCCCCCCCACCUCACCUCUGCCCCCAAAACAGUCCUGAGUGAGGACAGUGGGCAGGUGAAUGGUGUGAGUGAAGAGGAGAGGCUGUUAGGGGAAAGCAUAGACUACAGUGGGACAGUGGUAGGGGACUCAGGACUGCCCCUCUCUGCUGAGCCCCUGUCCCUGGAACUGUCAGAGGAGAAAGGGGUGGAGCCUAUGGACUGCUCCAACUCUCCAGACACUCAGGACAGCACUUCGUCCUUGUAUUCUAAAUUGACUCCACCCCCUUCCCACUCCUCCACCCCUCUGUCAAACAGCUGGGGGUCUGCCAUUUCCAAUGGGCCCCCUUGUUUACCCCCCCUCACUAACCUGGAGAACAACAAUGUGGUUACUGGAUGCCCUAUUGGCUGGACGUCUCCAGAUCCACCCAUGACCUUGGACAACAAUAACGGGUAUCAUUCCACGCCCAGUGACCCAGGCGCCCUGUCACCCUUUGGCUCUGGCAGUGGUCACUCUCUGGACCAGGAGGAGGUCAUAUCCUGCCCUGGCUGCUGUCUUCCAGGGCUGCACUUCCCCUCUGUGUGCCUGCGCGCUCCGCAGAGGAGGAACGCCUAUAAGAACCUCAACGGGGACUCAGCAGCUUCACGUGGGCUGCUUCGUCCGGGACCCAAAGGCCUACCUCCCUCUCCCACCCCCACCGUGACCACCUCCAGCCUGGAGCCAGGACUGUCUCUCCCCAGUGCACGGACUUAGACCGGUCUGAAGCGCCAGCAAAUAAACUCUCCAGGUCUACUACUAUAAACUAGCCUGACCAGCAGGACUCUCAAAGUAAUGUGGGUCUGGCACCCCUCCUAUUGAUGUGAUUAUUCAGAGCUUGAUUCAAAUAAAAUGUGGCUGUUUUAUCAAAUGCAGAGGGGGUUAUUUUAAGUUCAGAUCAGUUUAUUCUGUUUUUGCUGUUUGAUUGCAUUGAAAUGACCCAAAAUCAAGCAUAAAAGUUAAACAAGAAUGUAUAUUUUAAAUUUUAAAAUUUAUUUACAGUGGCUGGUCAGGCUAGCCUUAAACACCAAAACAUGAAUGCUUAAAAAAAAAACAGGUUUCUAUCUCUGGUCUAAAGCUCUUCCUCAGAAAAGAUGUGUGUCUCUUCAAAUUUGCACAGUUUAUCUCAGCAAUAGACCACGUCCUUUCCAGACAUUUGGUGCAGAGGCUGCUCCACAAAAACAUGAUUAAUGCUGUGCUUCGAUUUAACGGCCUCCCUGUUUGGAGGCCGGUGUUUGGCGACCUCUGCUGGGCUGAUGGCGCCACUGUGCCUGUGUCCGUCUUGUAAACUGUAUAUUUGUAGAUGUAAAGAUUCUUUUGACUGAUACUGCUGAUGAACCAAGGAAUGUUGAGCUUAGUAUUAUUGUUGCAAUGAGUCCAUUUGGUGCACUUCCAAUGUAUUGUUGUGAAUAAAGAAUAUUAAUAAAA